AUGGCUCGUCUCAUCGUUGGACUUACUUCUGCUGUCAGCGGCAUUUUCAUUUUUGCCGCUAUUAUCGCUGUUGGAUUCAUUUUGAAUGAUAUUAACAACUUCUACGACGAUGCAAUGGACGACAUGAAAGAAUUUAAGGUUUUUGCUGACGAUGCCUGGACAAAAAUGGUAUUCACGACCAGCAAUGGCAGAUCUCGCCGUCAAGUCUACGGCGCCGGUGAUGCUGGCGUUCAAGACGAUGCCUCCACCUCUUCCAACGGUGGUGGCAGCUGCAACUGCGGAGCACAACCAAACGACUGCCCCGCCGGGCCUGAAGGCCCCCCAGGAGCCACGGGAGAGCCAGGAACAGAUGGUGAGGACGGACAGCCUGGUGCCCCAGGAGAGCCUGGUACAAAGUCUGGCAAAUCCACCUACGAUAACUCGGAAUGCAUAUCAUGCCCUGCCGGAGAACCCGGACCAGCUGGACCUGACGGUGAGGCAGGACCUGCAGGCCCUGAUGGACAGGACGGUGGACCAGGAGAAGCCGGCAAAGAUGGAGAACCAGGAGAGCAGGGACCAGAAGGAGAUGCUGGACAACCUGGCGAUGACGGAGCACCAGGAGAACCGGGAGCUCCCGGAAACAAUGGUCAACGUGGACAGGGCAAGCCUGGACCGGCAGGAGAGCAAGGACCAGAGGGACCGGCUGGUAAUCCAGGAGCGGACGGUGGAGCUGGUAGCCCAGGAGCUGAUGGCGAAGCUGGACCUGAAGGACCAGCUGGUAACCCUGGAACAGAUGGUCAGGAUGGAGAACCUGGAGCAGUUGGAGGGCCUGGUCUUCCAGGCCAAGAUGCCGCUUAUUGUCCUUGCCCGCCUAGGACCACUGUGGGUAAUGAUGCUGCUGUUGAAGACGAGAAGACUGCAGGAUAUGGAAGAAGACGUUUCCAUUAG